UAAUUUUAUUAUUUUGGGACCGUUAUAGGGCCCGACCUUCAGCGACUGAGCCCUAGUGCGAGCCAUUGGGGAUUAAUCUCAACGUUCUGAUUGAUCCGAUCCGAUCCUUUCUCCAUCGCAGAUCAGCCUGAAUUUACUCUCUCUUUCUCUCUGUUUCUCGCUUCACUAUUUCUCUAUGCAACUUCCAUGGCGAAGAAUUACGUAAGGGAGAAUGUUCCGCUAUCAAGAUUCGGCGUGUUGGUGGCGCAGUUGGAGUCCAUUGUCGUCUCUGCGGUUCAUAAGCCUCCCGACGCCCUUCUAUGUUUCGAUCUCCUCUCCGAUCUCGUCUCAGUUAUAGACGAGGAGCCCAAGGACUCUAUACUUCUGUGGCAACGGAAAUGCGAGGACGCACUUUACUCCUUGCUUGUUCUCGGUGCACGGCGAGCAGUGCGUCAUUUGGCAUCAGUGGCAAUGGCGAGGAUUAUAAUGAAGGGCGAUGGCAUUUCGAUAUAUUCAAGGGCGAGCAGCCUCCAAGGGUUUCUUUCUGACGGGAAGAAAAGCGAGCCUCUACGUGUUGCUGGUGCUGCACAAUGCUUGGGAGAGUUGUAUCGCUAUUUUGGAAGAAGAAUUACUUCAGGUCUUCUUGAAACGACUAUUAUUGCAACAAAACUGAUGAAGUUUAAUGAGGAAUUCGUGAGGAAAGAAGCUUUGCACAUGCUCCAAAAUGCUUUGGAGGGCUCUGGUGGCACUGCUGCUUCUCCAGCAUAUGCAGAGGCAUUCCGCCUGAUAAUGCGAUUAGCUGUUGGAGACAAGUCUUUCACAGUGAGAAUAGCUGCUGCAAGAAGUCUAAAGGCAUUUGCAAAUAUUGGAGGACCAGGUCUAGCUGUUGGAGAGCUUGACAACUCAGCUUCCUACUGUGUGAAGGCCCUUGAGGAUCCUUUUUCAUCUGUUCGGGAUGCUUUUGCCGAAGCUUUGGGUGCAGUGCUUGCUCUUGGAAUGAAUCCCGAGGCACAGGUGCAACCAAGGGGAAAGGGUCAAUUUACUCCAAAGAAACUUGAAGGAGGUUUAGAAAGGCAUUUAGUGUUGCCCUUCACAAAAGCAAGUGGGCCUAGGUCGAAAGAUGUUCGAAUCGGCCUGACAUUAUCAUGGGUAUUCUUUUUGCAGGCCAUUCGUCUGAAGUAUCUGCAUCCAGAUAGCGAGCUUCAAAACUUUGCUUCACUAGUUAUGGAAAUGCUUCGUGUGGAUACCUCUUCUGAUGCGCAGGCAAUGGCAUGUGUUCUUUAUAUUCUUCGGGUUGGUGUGACUGAUCAAAUGACAGAACCUACUCAGAGGACCUUUCUAGUUUUUCUGGGAAAGCAGCUUCAAUCUUCAGAUGCCAGUCCUUCCAUGAAAGUUGCUGCUUUUCGUACCUUGUCAUAUGCACUGAAAACACUGGGAGAGGUUCCACUUGAAUUCAAGGAAGUUCUUGAUAACACUGUUGUUGCUGCAUUGUCUCAUUAUUCACCCCUUGUACGAGUUGAAGCUGCUUUAACUUUGCGUGCACUGGCUGAGGUUGAUCCCACCUGUGUUGGUGGUUUGAUAUCUUAUGGAGUGACUACAUUAAGUGCACUAAGGGAAAAUGUUUCUUUUGAGAAGGGAAGCAACUUAAAAUUUGAACUUGAUUCUUUGCAUGGACAAGCUACAACUUUAGCAGCACUGGUGUCAAUUUCCCCAAAGUUACCUCUUGGUUAUCCAGCUAGAUUGCCUAGAUCAGUGCUGGAAGUAUCUAGAAAAAUGCUGACAGAGUCUAGUAGGAACCCUAUGGCUGGUACUGUUUUAAAAGAAGCUGGUUGGUUGCUAUUAUCAUCACUAUUGGCUUCCAUGCCGAAAGAGGAACUUGAGGACCAGGUUUUUGAUAUUCUCUCUUUUUGGGCAGCAUUAUUUACUGGAAAUGAAAGUCAGAUUAAGCAAACUGGAGACCUAACGUUGACUAUAUGUGUGUGGUCUGCUGCAAUUGAUGCAAUAACAGCAUUUAUAAGAUGCUUUGUUUGUCCUGAAGCUGAUAACAAGGGGAUUUUACUUCAACCUGUGCUACUAUACCUUAGUCGAGCUUUGUCCUAUAUGUCACUGGUGGAUGGCAAGGAACAGCGAAAUAUGAGGGCAGCUACAGAUAUAUUCAUCAUCAGGACACUGAUAGCUUAUCUGUCCCUCUCUGAUCCUAUGGCAUAUAAGGGAGAUCAUCCUCAGAUUUUACAGAUUUGCACUACACCGUUUAGGGAUGCUUCUUGGUGUGAGGAAAGCUCAUGCUUGAGGAUGUUGUUGGACAAGAGAGAUGCAUGGUUGGGUCCUUGGAUUCCUGGAAGGGAUUGGCUUGAGGAUGAACUUCGUGCAUUCCAGGGUGGAAAGGAUGGUGAUUUACCCUGUGUAUGGGAGGAUGAGCUCCCUAGCUUUCCUCAGCCGGAGACCAUAAGCAAGAUGUUGGUGAACCAAAAGCUUCUUUGCUUUGGAACCAUGUUUGCUUCUCAGGAUCGUGUUGGUAUGCUCUCUCUUCUAGGCAUGAUUGAGCAGUGUCUUAAAGCUGGAAAAAAGCAAUCCUGGCAUGCAGCCAGUGUUACCAACAUAUGUGUAGGGCUUCUUGCAGGAUUAAAGGCUUUGCUUGCUUUGCGACCACAACCAUUGGGAUUGGAGAUUUUAAGUGCAGCUCAGUCGAUCUUUCUGAGCAUUCUGGCAGAAGGGGAUAUCUCAGCAUCACAACGCAGAGCAGCAUCUGAAGGCCUUGGCCUGUUAGCUCGUCUUGGAAAUGAUAUCUUUACAGCCAGAUUGACCAGAUCACUUCUUGGGGAUGUAACUGGGGCAGCUGAUUCAUAUGCGGGAUCAAUUGCUUUUGCACUUGGCUGUAUUCAUCGCAGUGCAGGAGGAAUGGCAUUGUCCAGUUUAGUUCCUGCAACUGUGAAUUCUAUCUCUUCGCUAGCCAAGAGUUCAAUAGUUGGCUUACAGCUAUGGUCAUUGCAUGGUCUUCUUUUGACCAUUGAGGCUGCUGGCUUGUCCUAUGUAUCACAUGUUCAGGCAACACUUGGCCUUGCAAUGGAUAUUCUUUUGUCCGAGGAGAAUGGAUUGGUUGACCUUCAGCAAGGAGUGGGUCGCCUCAUAAAUGCCAUUGUUGCUGUUCUUGGUCCUGAACUUGCCUCUGGCAGCAUUUUCUUUUCUCGUUGCAAGUCUGUUGUUGCUGAAAUAAGCUGUCUGCAAGAAACAGCAACACUUCUCGAGAGUGUCCGGUUCACACAACAACUUGUACUUUUUGCUCCACAAGCUGUUACCGUGCACUCUCAUGUACAAACUCUCCUCCCAACACUGUCAUCUAGACAGCCAACUUUGAGGCAUCUAGCUGUGUCCACCCUGCAGCAUCUGAUAGAAAAAGAUCCGGUUUCAAUCAUUGAUGAACAAAUAGAAGAUACUUUGUUCCAUAUGCUUGAUGAAGAAACUGACACCGAGAUUGGAAAUUUGGUGCGCAACAUAAUUAUGCGUUUGCUUUAUGCAUCAUGUCCUUCAUGUCCAUCUCAUUGGCUGUCAAUCUGUCGUGCCAUGGUUCUUGCUACAUCAACAGGAAGAGAUCCUGCAACCAAUGCCCAAUUGGGAAAUGGUCCUGAUGGUGACACAACAUCAAAUCUUGGAGAUGAUGAUGAAACCAUGGUUUCUAGCUCUAAAGGUUCAUCCUUUCAAGGCUAUGCAUUUGAUUCAACCAGUGGAAAUGCUGAAAGAGAUAAGCAUCUCAGAUAUAGAACCCGAGUUUUUGCUGCUGAGUGCUUGAGUCAUCUACCUGCAGCUGUUGGGAAGGAUCCUGCUCAUUUUGAUCUCUCUUUGGCAAGAAAUCAAUCUGCUAAUGGACCAACCUCUGUUGACUGGCUAGUCCUACACGUGCAAGAGCUAAUAUCACUUGCUUAUCAGAUAAGCACAAUCCAGUUUGAGAACAUGCGGCCCAUUGGCGUGGUACUUCUAAGUACCAUUAUGGACAAGUUUGAAAUGAUACCUGAUCCUGAUCUUCCAGGACACCUUCUACUUGAACAGUAUCAGGCCCAACUAGUAUCUGCUGUCCGGACUGCAUUAGAUACAUCCUCUGGCCCUGUUCUUUUGGAGGCAGGCUUGCAGCUGGCUACAAAGAUUCUAACCAAUGGAAUAAUUAGUGGAGAUCAAGUUGCAGUUAGGCGAUUAUUUGCAUUGAUAGCUCGUCCACUGAACAAUUUCAAAGAUCUAUAUUAUCCAUCAUUUGCGGAAUGGAUAUCAUGCAAGAUCAAAAUAAGACUUCUAACUGCACAUGCCUCUCUCAAGUGUUAUAUAUACGCCUUGUUGAGGAAACAACAUCCUGGGAUUCCAGAUGAAUAUCUAGCUCUAUUACCAUUAUUUUCAGAAAGUUCAAAUGUUCUAGGGAAGUACUGGAUCUCAUUGUUAAAGGACUACACCUAUGUCUGCUUCAGGUUACAUCUCAAACAAAAUUGGAAACCAUUUCUUGAAGGAAUUCAAUCACCUCUUGUUUCAGCAAAGCUGCGGCCAUGUUUAGAAGAAACCUGGCCAAUAAUAUUUCAAGCAAUCGCUCUGGAUGCAGAUCCUAUGCAUAUUGACAUGAAUCUAUCUUCCCAAACAACUGGAAAUACCUCAAGUAAUAUCUUCAUCUCUGGAUACAGAAUGGUCCAGUUGAAACCAGAAGAAUUUCAGUUUCUCUGGGGAUUCGCUCUGCUUGUUCUAUUUCAAGGACAAGAUCCAACCCUCGAUAAACAUUUGAUACCGCUGGAUUUUUGUAAAGCCAAAUUUGGUGGUGACUUUUCAGUUGAAGAUACAAGCCCUCUAGUUUUGAAGUCGUAUGAGAUUGUGUUACCUGUGUUCCAGUUUCUCUGCACAGAAAGCUUUUUCAGCACAGGCUUCCUAACCAUGGAUGUCUGUAGAGAAUUAUUGCAGGUCUUUUCAUAUUCCUUUUGCUUGGGGGAUGCAUGGGAUAGUCUUGCAAUUUCUGUUCUUUCACAGAUUGUGCAGAACAGCCCCAAAGAUCUCCUUGAAACUGAAAAUUUUGGAUCUUUGAUUGUGGAACUUUGUUUAGGUUACCUUUAUAAAGUCCUUCACAGUACUGCUGCAACUUAUUUGAAUAGUUCAAACUGGGAGGGUAUGAUUUUUACAUCACUUGCAACAGCAAAGGCAUUAGUGGGACGCCUUGGAUCCAAGAUGCUUUUAAGACCCAUGUUAGCAUUUCUACUAGUUGGAUACAGAUAUAUUAGAGGAGCUUCAACUGAUUUAUGCUUUUCAAACGCUAAUGACUAUGUCCAAUGCGUGAAUACUUCUCUGAAGAAACUUGUGGGCGAUACACCUAAAUUGGGCUCCAACAGCAUUGAUUAUUUGAGAACCACUAUUGGAGCUUAUCUAAAUGCGAUUGCUAGUUUCACAGAGGAUUGCAUUGAGAGCUUUCAUCUAUCAGAGAAGGAAAGCUCCAACUCAUACAAGCUGCUGCAGAUGAAGCUUGCCUUCUCCCUGAAACAAAUGACUUCAUUGGCUAUGUUGGCUUAUGAAGUUGAAUGCCUGGGAGAAGGCCCGGAGAAUUACCCUCUCUUAUCUGCUAUCAUCCAACAUUGCAUUAGAUGUACCCAAAUUGUUCUUACUGACACCAACUUACAGGUUCAAGCAAUUGGCUUGCAAGUGCUGAAAAACGUGGUGCAGGGAGGCACCAACUCAGACAGCAAUUCUUUCCUAUUGUUCUUUAUUGGGGAGCUUCUUGGAGAUAUUUUCACCUUAAUUGACAAAAUGUUAAAGAAACCCAUAAAUAGAGAAGCAGUGGCUAUCAUCAGCGAGUGUUUGAGAAUCUUGGUGAUUCUGCAAACAUUACCAAAAUCAAGUGAAUCUCAGAAAGGUCUUAUGAAUUUGCUAUUGGGAGCUAUCUUAAUGGUUUUCUCAGCAGCAGACAAUGAUCUUUCUCAUGAACUCAAUGGCUUAAGUUCUAUGGCCGGGAAGCUUGUUUCUCAACUUGCUGAAAUUCCUUCCUCAGCAGGUUGUUUGAAGGAUGUCAUGUUGGCAAUGCCAGUAGUAAAGAGGCAGCAACUUCAGGGCAUCAUUCGUGCUUCUGUUACACAAGAACAUAAUAAUACAACACAAAUUAAAUCCACAGCGCCAUCUUUAGUGAUAAAGUUGCCUGCUCAAACAGAAGAAACUAGAGACGAGAGUUACACCACAACAAUCCCUGAAAGACGCACUGACAAUAGUAAUACUAGUGACGAAGAGGAAGAAGAUGAUGACUGGGAUGCUUUCCAGUCUUUCCCUGCCUCUACAAGUGAAGCUGUUUCCAAUUCGAAAGUUGAAGGUGCAGUAGAAGAACCUGCCUUGGUUGAGAAGUCUUCUAUUCCAGAUUCAAAUAUUGAAAAUAGCAACUUUGAAGAGUAUGCAGGUUCCAUUUCAUACUUUAAUAUUGAAAAUAGCAACCUUGAAGAGCAUGCCGGUUCCCUGCCACCAGACAAUAUAAUCAAUUAUAGUGGUGCAGAUCGGGUGGCUGUUGAAGAGGAAAUGAUUUCUGAUUCAGCAGGUGGCAAAAAUCAAACUGAACCACAUGUUUCCUAUGGUAGCCACUCUGCUGAGCGUGAUGAUGAUCACAAACAAGAGGCGGAUGAAGCAGUGCCAGUCCCUUAUGAUCUAUCAUUGCCUGACCAUCAACAUGUUGAAAUUGAAGAAGGAUUCAUCGGCGAGCCAUUGGAUGAUCGCUUUGAGGAAAGUGGUCGAACAUCAACAGGCCAAGUAGAUCCACAGACGUCUGAUCCUCAAUCUCUUGAAGCAGCAGAACCUGGCACUGUACCAUCUGAAGUUCACCAUGAAGAGAAAUUUCAAGCAGCACUAACACCAGAAAAUGAUCAGGACUCUCGUCCUCAAGCUGUUGAUUCUGUGGAAGGAUGUAACGAACCAUUUGACGAUCGCCAUCAGGAGAGAGGUACAACAGUAGCGUCUCAUAACAAUAUUGAUCCUUCCUCAGAUGUGGGAACCGAUGACAACAUCAGUAACGAAGAAACAGCUGAACACAAGAGCACCAACAUGCUCGACGAGAGUGGCGAAGGCUCAGGAUCCCCACGGGUAAUAGAUGACAAAGAUAAAAUGCGAGUGCUCAGUGCCACGGAUGGAACCUAAAUCAAAUUGUUGCAGAGGUACUAACUUUUUGUUAUGUUUUCCAGUUUUUCUAUACAAUUCAUCGGAUCUGGAAAUCUACGUAUUUCUAUUAGAGUAGAAUUAUGUCAAUAGUCCCCGUGCCCUUAUUUUCUGUAUUCCAUGUUUUGUCCGUUGAGAAGUGAACACAGAGCCCAAUUGUGUCACGCUUUGGAAUGCCAUAGUUUUAAAUGCGUCAAA